AUGUGUUACGUGGGGAAAGCGACCAAGAUCUUCUUCUUCCUCGUAGGGGCGCUCGUGGUGGUGGGCCUCGUCGUCGGCUUCGGCCUCGUCCGGCACGGCUGGGCACACAAGGCAGCCGCCCAGCCUUGCCAGUCAUCGUCGUUGACCGCCGCCGGAUGCCGGCCCAUCUUCCCCGACCCCAUUCCCGCCGACACCGCCACCGCCUCCACGGCCCCACCCUUCCCCGCCGCCGCCAUUCCCGCGGGCACGAUCCCCGUGCCGCCUCCGCCGCCCGCUGCCACCGACGUUCCCACGCCGCCCACCACGCCGCCACCGACCGUCAUCCUGCCGCCUGCGCCGCCCACAGCCACCGCCACCGACGUUCCCCCGCCGGCCAGUUCCACGGCCGCGCCGCCGCUUGUCAGCUUCGGCCCACCAAGCCCGGUUUACCAAGCGCUCGGCCCGGCCCAUGCCUAG